AUGUGGUGGAGUGCGCGGCCGCUCGCUCGCGAUGCCGAUUUUUUCCGAUAUAUCGGCAAAAAUGACAAGACAAAGAUCACAGUGAAGCUCGCGCCCGUCGGAGCCCCCGCGCCGCCGCGUGAGCCGGCCGUAGACGCACGAACCCAGGCCGAGCUAGUCGCUUUUUACCACCGCAAGCAGGAGGAGAACAAGAAGUUGAUCGAGGACGAGGAUAUCUCGUACGGUAAUAGCGAUUGGGCAAACCCGUAUGGUCUAAAAGGUCAGCUGCAGGGGUUGGGUGGUGUUAAGUAUCGCCCUUUCUAA